AUGGCUUACAUCGGAAAUGUACCGAACUUUGACUAUAAAAAUAGUGAGUGGGCGAUUUUUAAAGGAAAAUUGACGCAAUUUUUCAAAGUCAAUAACAUCAGUGGAGAUAAUAAAAGUGCAAUACUUAUAGCAAACUUCUCGGAUGAAACCUAUCGACUCGUACGUAACCUUGCGUACCCACGCGAGAUAGCUACGCUAAGUUACGGAGAACUGGUCGAAUUACUCGAUAAGCACUUUGAGCCAAAGCACAGUUCUUUCGUAGACAAAGCAAGAUUCUACGGAGCGACAAGAAACCCAGGCGAGCCAUUAGGAGAAUGGGCGGCGCGACUACGAGGCCUUGCAAGUUAUUGCAACUUUGGUACCGCCUUAGAAACGGUUCUGUUGGAUUGUUUCGUCCUAGGCUUGGGGACGGGCCUCGAGCGGGAUAGACUAUUCGAGCAAGAUAUUUCAAGUCUAUCUUUUGCAAAGGCUUUAGAAAUAGCUGAACAGGCAGCUUAUACGAGAGAGGCCAAGGCUCUAGUAAGCAGCGAAACAGGUAUUAACAUCAAGGAGGAGCAGGUAUAUUACUCAGCUGGCGAAUCUAGUCGUCGGAGCGGCGGGAACCGUUGGAGAAGCAGUGGGGGCAUGCAUGUAGGUGCUGCCGAUGACAGUGGAAGCAGUGGCAGUGGCAGAGCGAGUGUAUCUCGUAACGGGUGUAAAGAAGAGGUUACAAACCGUUGCGGUGUAUGUGGUUUAAAAACACAUAGUGCAGAAAAGUGCCGUUAUAGGACCUAUCGGUGUCAAAAGUGUGGUAUUAAAGGUCUUUUAAAAAAAAUGUGUAAAGUUCGCGUAAACAACAUCAAUACCGUUACGGAAGAAACUGAAUCAGAUGGAGACUGUGGGGACUGCAUGGAGUGCCGUUUGCAUAAUAUGAGGUAUGAGAUUUUGGCUCCUAUUACUGUGGUGGUGAAUAUUAGCAAUAAAAACUUCCGUAUGGAAGUGGACUCGGGAUCGGCCAUUUCAGUUAUGUCCGAACAAUUUUUUUUGCAAUACUUUCCUACCGUAACAUUGAAUUAUAAAUGUAAUAUCAGAAUAUGUGUUUAUAACGGCCAUAAAAUUACGCCUUUAGGUUAUUUCUGUACAAAGGUAAAAUAUAACGGUUUCAUGAAGCAAUUAAAUUUCUUUGUUAUAAAAAAUGGUGGGCCACCACUUUUAGGGCGUGAUUUUAUGUCUCAAUUUAAAAUUAAGUUGACAUCAGUUAAUAAUAAUAACAUUUUAGUGGACAGCUAUGAAAGUGAAGUUCAAAAUUUAUUAAAUACGUACGCGGACUUGUGGAGUAAAGAACUUGGGGCAUUUAAUAAAUUUAAAAUCACCUUGCACCUUAAAGAUAACGCGGUACCAAAAUUUUUUAAGCCACGAACUGUGCCUUUUGCUCUGAAAGACAAAGUAAAUGAAGAAAUUGACCGAUUAACACGUGCGGGCAUUCUGAUUCCGGUAAAUUACUCUAAAUAUGCGACCCCUAUCGUACCUGUAUUAAAAGAAAACGGUAAAAUAAAGAUCGCAGGUGAUUACUCAUUAACAUUAAACAAAGACCUACUAAUCGAUAAAUAUCCUAUGCCGCGCAUAGAGGAAGUCUUCGCGAAAAUAGGGGGUGGCGAGAGAUAUACGAAAAUUGAUUUGAGCAACGCUUACAAUCAGUUUAUAUUAUGCGAGGAGUCACAGGAACUUACCACCAUUAAUACAACCCGUGGCUUAUACAAAUACACCCGGCUUGUAUAUGGUUUGGCUAAUGUGCCCGCUAUUUUUCAAAGGACAUUGGAAACCCUGUUAGCAGGUAUUGAAGGUGUUAGUUGUUGGCUAGAUGACGUUUGUAUCACGGCCCCUAACAAGCAAUUACAUUUGAGCAGGUUACGUGAAUUCUUAGGUAGGCUUAAAGAUGCAGGUUUAAAAUUACAAAAAGAAAAGUGUCAUUUUUUUAAACGCAGUGUUACGUACUUAGGUUACGUCAUAAACAGACAGGGCCUUAAGACGUGUCCAAAGAAGAUUGAGUCAAUUCUAAGCAUUCCACGACCACAAAAUAUUUUAGAAGUAAAACGGUUUCUAGGCAUUAUAAAUUACUAUCGUAAGUUCAUACCUAGGGCAUCAGCCAUAUUACAUCCAUUCCAUGAACUACUCCGUAAUGAUGCAGCGUGGACUUGGAGUGAGCGUCAUGAGAAGGCGUUUAUACAAGUUAAGCGUGAACUAUCAUCAGACCGAGUGUUGAUGCAUUUCGACCCGAGUGCGCGACUUGUGCUCAGUGUGGACGCGAGCCCGGCCGGUCUUGGUGCGGUGCUGGCGCAGGGCCCAGAAGGUAACGAGCGCCCACUUGCUUUCGCUUCCAGGUCUCUUACAGCCAGUGAGAGUAAUUAUAGCCAAAUACAUAAAGAGGCUACGGCUAUAAUAUUUGGCGUUAAAUAUUUCCACCAAUAUUUAUUUGGUCGAAAAGAACCUUUUGUGCUGAAAACAGAUCAUCGGCCCUUAUUAGCCAUAUUUGGUAAGAAAAAUGGAGUCUCGGUAAUGGCAGCAUCGCGCCUCCAAAGGUACGCACUAUUUUUGUCAGCAUAUAAUUAUGUGAUUCAAUACGUCUCUAGCGAUAAAAAUGUGGUAGCGGACUAUUUUUCUCGGACACCUAAUGAUAAAUGCUUAAGGGAAUCAGAUGACCACGAAAAUACGUCUUAUUUAAAGUUUUUGGAUGAUACGAUGUUGCCUGUCUCGUUUAACAAUAUACGAGAUGCAACUACACGGGAUAAAACAUUGCAAACAGUAAUUAAAUAUGUUCGUAAUGGUUGGCCUCGAAAAGUUCGUUGCAAAAACAUUCAACCGUAUUUCAAUUGUAAAACAGAUUUGGAGGUGGAACACGGUUGUCUUAUGCGGGGUCAUAGAAUUGUUAUUCCAAAAAUAUAUAGGGAUCGUAUGUUAGAAGAGCUUCAUAAUGGUCAUUUAGGAAUAGUUAAAACCAAAGGCAUAGCGCGCGGUAAGAUGUGGUGGCCGGGAAUCGACUCUGCUAUCGAGCGAUUAGUGUCGAGCUGUAGCGCAUGCAGCGCUGUGCGGCCCGAACCGCCACGCGCGCCCCCCGCACCCUGGCCUCGCGCGGCAGCCGCCUGGGAGCGCGUGCACAUAGACUACAUGCAACUCGGACACCGCACGUAUCUCGUUGUUGUAGACAGUUAUAGUAAAUGGCUCGAAUGUCUCCACAUGUGCAGCACUAUGUCCACUAAAAUGUUAAUACAAAAACUUAAAUAUUUGUUCUGUACUUUUGGUUUACCUAAGUUAUUAGUUUCUGACAACGACCCAAAAAUAUGUAAUGCAGAAUUUCGAUUUUUUUGUAAAAUUAAUGGUAUUAAAUAUAUGACGUCUCCUAUUUAUCACCCCUGUAGUAAUGGCCAAGCCGAAAAUUCCGUACGCACUUGUAAGAAAAUGCUUAAAUGUAUCCUCAGUAAUAAUUUAAAUGUAAGCAAUGAACGAAUGAAUGAAUUGUUGUUAAGAUGUCUAUUCGAAUAUCGCAGCAGCAUUCACAGUAGCACCGGUGAAACACCCUCAAAAUUAAUGUUUGGUCGUGAACCGCGAACGCGAUUAGAUUUAAUUUUACCGCCUACGAAUACAGACAUGCAAACAUCUUGUGAUAAUAGUGUAAGGCGGUUUAAUAUUGGUGAAAAGGUUUGGGCGCGUUGUUAUACGUCCCGUAAACCAUUUUGGUCCCAAGCUACAAUUGUAAGUAGAGAAGGUAACAGAAUGUAUACGGUUUCAGUUGCUGGUCAAGGUGUUUGCAAGCGACACAUAGACCAACUGCUGCGAUAUACGGAAAGAUACAAGACACCUGAAACUGCGAAUGACGUAUCUUGUGCAUCAGCAUUUCAACCGCAGUAUCCGACUGCCAUCUCCCCUGCACCUCCUCCCGUUGGUAUGCCGGGUAGUAUAAAUAACGCUCCGCUAGUCAAUACAGCAUCUACGAACACGCAUUCUAACGCCGAGACAUCUCCACAGGAAGGCAGUGAGCCAACUUUAAUGCUAGAUGAGGAUAGAGGAGAGGCGGUGGUGGCAGAUCGGCAGAGUGUCUCGGUGGAGGGGAUUGUCGAUCGGCAGGAUGACGGGGAACAAUCAGAGUCUGCUUCUGUUGCACCUAAGCCCGGUCCUUCCGCGCCACAUAGCGAUACCGAACAAAGCAUCCCUCGCUGCCGUUAUAAUCUAAGACCAAGAAAAAAAAAAUUGUAA